GUGCGGAAGCUGCUGGACGCGGUUCAGCGGGGGUUCGCGCGCAAGAUCAGCCGGACCUACAAAACCGCCAGUUUGAGUGCGGCGCUGAUCCUGUCAGGUAUAUUGCCACUCGACCUGAGGAUCCGAGAGGCGGCAGAAUUGUACCGCUAUAAAAGGGGUGAGGACAUUGAUGGUAUGGCAGACAGGAAGGCUGAACAGCGGGUUAGCUUCCUGGAUGCUCCCCAUCCAGCCCUCGCUCCUGAGGUAGAAUUCUGUUGCCUCGAGGAGACACAGGCCGAAACCGCCGUGGUAGAAGUGCAGGAUGACCAAGGAGAAGGAGAGGGUUAUCUGCAGGUCUACACCGACGGCAGCAAGAUACAGGGCAGGGUUGGAGCCGGAAUUUCAUACAGGCGGCGAGGCCUGGAAGUCAGAGCAAGGAAACUCAAAUUAGAGGAUUAUUGCUCUGUCUUCCAGGCCGAGAUGUGCGCAAUUUCGAAGGCUAUCGAGGACAUCUUGAAGAUGCCCGACAUGAAGGUCGAGAUCCUUAGUGACUCCAGGUCGUCGCUGGAGCUGCUAAGGGAUCGAUCAUCAUUUAACCCGAUAGCCUUCAAAAUUAAAAACCUCAUCCGGCGGGCCCGAAAUAUGAGUAAAACCAUUCGGUUUCGCUGGGUUCGGGCGCAUGUAGGCAUUGAGGGGAAUGAGAGGGCUGACCACUUGGCGAAGGAUGCGGCGCUCCAUUCGAAAUUGAGGGCUGCAUACGAUGGAGUACCGAUUUCAACUCUUCGUCGCAUGCUUAGAGCCAAGACCCUCGAGGUCUGGCAGGAGCGCUACACCGCGGGUCAAACCGCGAGUGUUACGAAGGCGUUUCUGCCAGACGUCGCGGUGUCUUAUAAGCUGGUCAGGGAGGAGCCUUUCUCCGCGUUAAUGGCUCAGGUGAUAACAGGCCAUGGCGGGUUCUCAGCGUAUCUCCACCGGUUCGGCCUGAAGGAUAGCCCGGUGUGCAUAUGCGACGAUCGUACAGAUGAAAGCGCAUUGCACCUGGUGCUCGAGUGCCCAAGGUUCGGCCGGUGGAGAUGCGAUCUUGAGACUGUAAGUGGAAUGGCUGUCGUGGAGGUCAACCUUCCAACCUUUGUUGCAAAGCCAUGGAGGACGGAAUUUGAAAGAUUCUGCCGAAGAAUCCUCGCUGAUGUUCUGCCGCGGAACGGUAGCACUUUUAAAUUCUAAAAUCAUAAUAAUAUGUACAUAGUUUAAAAAGUAGAAAUAUGAAAUGAAUAAUUUUUUGAAAAUUUUAUAAUAUAGUUCCUUAGGUUAAUAAUCAAAUUGUUUUACGUACACUGUAGUUAUCUAAUGUAUAGAAAGGUUCCCUAUAAUCAAUUAUAGGGACCUUAUACAACCACUAGAAUAUAAGAUUGUGUGCCUAGUUUUAAGUAGCAGAUAAGUACAUGAUAUUAUGUUAAUAAAUGGUAAAAAAAAAAAAAUGUUAAUGUAAGUAUAAGACCUAUAAAAAUGUAACACCAAAUUCCGGUUAGAUUAAGUAAAAUAAUGUGGAUUAAGUAACUAAAAAUGUAUUAAGUAAUAAAAAAUGUAGAAUUAGUGUGAUUAGUCGUAGGUGGAAAAAACUGUAAUACGUUCUAAAUAAAUGAUACGCCACCCCCAAACCCUGCAGCUCAAUGGCAGGGAGGAAGUAGA